AUGGACACUGUCUCAAGGAGACGGCGAAGUCAACCUGUUGGUGAGCUUGAAGCUGAGGCGGCCGCCAGAGACCUCGCAUAUCAAACAGCCUUGAGCCAAACAGGGAUAACUGGUCAAGUUCCCGGAGGAAUUUGUGCUGGGGAAGCAUCCCCCGGUACCCUGGAGUCUGGGGGCGUAGUCGGCCAGAGUGGGUUAGAGCAGUUACCCGUGGCUAACCCGUUUCACUCUGAGAGAGUGAAGCAGGAAGUCAAUCUUAUUCGUAGCCGGCCAACGACGUUGGACACGGAUGCAGCAAGGUUUCAUGGAGAAGUAGAUGAAGCAGCAUUGGGUGACUCCUGGACCGGAGGUGUAGGGGAACCGGAUUAUUCUGCGAUGUUGGGGCAACCUACAACGGAGCGUGAGGCCCCUAGAGUGGCUAGGGUUGAGCCAUCAGCUGCGGGACAGCCUGCCAGUGUGGUUGGGAAUGCAGUCGAAGGCGACACCAGGCUGUCAGGAAGCAAGCCGGGGAUGAUACCUGAGUCUGGAAUGGGGCUACGAGAGGAAAGGACUGGGGGAGAGACCGAUUCUCCCCUUGUCGCUGGAGAACCAGAAGCUGGAUGUGUGGAUGACCCUCGUGAACUGAUACCCGCCAGCGCGGAUAGGCUCACCAGGGUGGAGAUGCUGUUGACGCAGGUUCUCGAGGAGAACCAAGUCCUGCGGCGGCAGAUUCAGGCGGAUUUAUCUAUCUCCGCGGCGGAGUUUGAGGCGGCGUCGCUAGUUCAGCAAGGGGAAGGGGAUGUAAAGGGAGGUUCGGCUUCUCCCACCAGCCCGGAGGCGCUGGUGGCGGAAGCAGCCAAGCUGUUGAAGGGUGUGUCUUUGAGGCCUAUUCGUUUGGAAGAUGUGGAUUUAUCCUGGGUCAACAGUGCUCUGACCUCCGCUUCGGAUCCCGAUUAUUGUCUUAUCGACAGCGGAGCAACCAAUGCUCUACGCCCGGCGAAGCCGGAAGAGCUACUGGAGUGUCGUAAGAUCAGGGUGGAUUUAGCCUCCGGUGAGGCUGAGCUCAGCAUCAAUAAUCAGGGGACUUUGUUACAUGGCGGAGGUUGCCAAGUGAUUCUUCCUGCGAACUAUCUCAUUGAAUUGGGGUAUACGAUAGAGGUAGGCUUGGAUCUUCUGCGGGAGUACGAAGCUUUAGGGAAGGAAAAAGGUGACCUUCUUAUCGGCCUUGUGUCCUGCAGUUUCUGGAGAAUUGCCGCAAAAGAAUGCCAUAGUCCUGACACCACUGCCUUGCCUUCCGAUGAGUACCCGGAGAGGGAAGCUGUGGAAGAGUCGUUGGCUAAGGAGAGGGCCAAAGGAACGGGUAUGGUUUCGCAGGGUGCAUGCCUUGGGGAGUGUGUGGUGUGGAAGGACGGUUUCAAGACUUGGAAGGAGGUGUAUGGGCUCCACUUUGCUGAGUUUGAUCAAGGUUGCUUAGGGCCGUUCUUGGAUGGGUUGGGAUAUGAUCCUGAGGUAAUUGAGGAAGAACCUAGGGAUAUAGAGGAUCUUGUGCUCUUCGGGGAUCUGGAGGUAAGAAAUCCGAAUCUUCGCCCGUUGCAGUCGAACUGCCUCAAGCGGAGGUCGAAGAAGGGGCGUGAGGUCAUGCUUCAGGUUCAAGGGAUCAUUAAUCGGUUGGAGUCCUCAGGAGAUGCCCCAGCGGGUAAUCGCGCUGAGCUUGCAGUCCAGAAUUGGGUAACAUUCCUUGAGCAGCUUGGGAUCCCGCAGUCAGUGUUGCUACCUUUCGGUGUUAAGAUACAUGCCCGCAAGAGGUUUAAGACCGGGUACAAGGAGCAGUGGAGGGUCGUAGCUGCGAUCGAUUGCCGAAAUGCGAAAGUCCUGGCAGCUGUGUCUGAGGAUGAUGAUUUGGAGGAUGUUGCCCUCGGUGAGGGGUAUUUCUGCGUAAGGCAGUUAGAGGCCGAUUUGGAUACAGAGGAUGCGAGGCCUGACGAGGAGCGAAGUAGGGGAAUUGCCAGUAGCUCGAAGACCUCUCCUAGGACAGGUCUGGACCACACUGUACUUAUCCCACAAUACCUUUAUGCCCCUCCAUCGGGGGCUGUUCAUGAUAUUCAUGCUCAUGCGGUAGUCUUCUCGGGGGACCGGUGGCACACCUCGGAGAAGUGGGAAGGCGAGGAUCGUUGGGUCAUUUCUGCGUUUGUUCCGAGGGAUUUUAAGAAGGCCACUUCAGAGGAUUGGACUGAAUUGAGGAGAUUGGGUUUCCCUGUAGAGGGACUGGAAGAGGCUUCUAGGGUCCAAGUUUCUAGAUUGGAGGGGUUAGAGGUUCCGGGGGAGCUAGGAGGUGACUUAAGUGAUCCGUUUUCUGCCUGGGAAGUUGGACUUCCGUUGCCGAUAGCCGGUGAAGACGACCGGGAGAGCUGGGUGUAUCAGCAUGCGUGUAAUUCGCAGCUAUGCCGGCUACUGUCUGAGGAUCUUUACAAUACCUCGAUCCCGUUUGAAACGGCUGGGGAUGUUGCUCUAGAAUUGCACCGGGCCGAGGCUAUGAAUGAUUGGCUGGAAGGGGCCGAGUCUCUGUCGGUCAAGGUUGCAAUAACCUAUGCUGCAGGUCAUGAGCAUUGGACAGGGGUAACUAUUGAUGUAAAGUCUGCGUUUUUGUAUGCCCCUAUUCGGAGCGACAUUAAGGGAACCGAGGAACGAAUAAUUGUAAAGCCUCCUUAUCUAUUGGUGGAACUUGGCGUUCUGCAUAAGGAUGAUCGCUGGUGGAUACGUAAAGCGCUAUACGGGUUACCGACUUCUCCCCGUGACUGGGGACGUUACCGCGAUGCCGAGUUCAGGGCAUUCAGAAUGACAUGGCGCGGAAAGGAAUACCAGCUGUUGCAGACCAAGACGGACGACGCCUUGUGGUUAGCCAGAGCGGUUCAGGAGGGGACCGUUGGACCUAUAGAGGGAGUGCUUGUGGUGUACGUGGACGACCUUGCGUUUUUCGCUCCGGAAGGACUUGCGAAGGCGUUCAUCUCGGCAGUUCAGUCGCGUUCGAAGACGUCUGAGCCCGCUUGGCUCGGGGAGGAGCCCGUUACGUUUUGCGGGAUUGAACUUAUUCUUCAAAGGACUGGAUAUCGCAUGAGUCAGUGCGCAUACAUACGCGAACUAUUACAUCGGUAUGAUGUGAAGGAUCAAUCCGCGGUGCCAAUGACCAAGUGGGUGGAACCGGAGCGGGCGGAGGCGCCGACGGUUGAGGAAGUAAGAGAGGCUCAAGCCUUGACUGGCGCGCUACUGUGGGUAUCGACCCGAACUCGACCGGAUCUAUCCUACGUAGUUUCACGGUGCGGACAGCAAGCUACGAAAGCACCUAAGUGGUCCGUAUCUCUGGGGAGGUGGGCAGCCCUUUCUCGGAACAUGGACUCCUAUCCGUUCCUCGUACCGAAGGACACUUUGUCGGUUUCUUCAGGGAGCCAGGGGGUUGAUCCUAGCCAUGAGGUAUUAGAAGGGCCUGCAGAAGGGGAGGAUGACGACGAGUUUACCGAGGAGGUAGGUGGGAGCUCUGGGAGUGGUGAGAAGCCAGUACCGAAGGGGCUGACUUAUGAAGAUUUCUUUGAGGAAGGUGAAGGUUCCGGAGCUGCUGGGACUGAUUUGCAGGGUUUGAUGUUGCUCCAAGGUGAAAGGGUUUUAUUUUUCCUAGGGGAUGCUGCUAGGGAGUGGUUGGAACUUAGGGUGACAUCGAUUCUGGUGCGCGUGGCACUGGUUGAAGCUUUAGCGGCAGUGUGGCGUGCAGGUCCCAAUGCGCUUAUGUUUUCCGGGCCCCAGUGGCAAGCUGCUGUUGAGGACCACCUUCAAGUCAGAGCCGUUAUUAAUGCAUCACGAGCCAGGGUAGCCGCUCAAGAAGCCUUUCCGUAUGUCCCGUGGGGGCAGCAAAGGGUGCAUUACCUUUGGAGGGUUUUGGAUCUGAAUGGUAGUGAGGUUUUAGCGUGCUUGGGGGAUCGGGUACCUGAGUGGUGGUCGUUCAGGGUCACGUCUUCUGGGUUUAUGACCUAUGGGCUCUUUGCGGUGAGUAGUUGGCUUGAGGAAAGGAGGGGCAGAAAUGGGGCCACUACGUCCGGGUUUGUUGAUGCUGGAGAAGCGUAUAUGCAGUCUGAGCAGAGCGAUUUUGAAGACGAUCCCACCCUUGAUGAGUUGCCGUUGAGACCGCGACAACUGCAUGUCGAUUUGCCGCCGGUUGUAGGAUUCGGGGCAUUCUUUGACGACUUGGAAGGUUCCUCGGAGGGAGAGUCUACGGGAGAGCCUUCGGUAGUUUCAGUGGUAAGUGCUGGUAGUGAGCCUGAAGCGGCCUUCCGAGAGGAAGAAGAGGAGACCUCUGGGGAUAGAUCCGAGCGGCUUGUUGGAGUAGGGGUUGUAAGCUACGAGGCUGCACUAGGAGGUCUAAUUGUGUUUACUGGUGACGAUCGUUUUGAGGUUCCACUGCCUGGCUGGUCUUUGAGUUCAGUUGAAGCUGUGGUUCAAGGACUCCAGACGGGAACAUGGUCCAAUUGGCAAGAAAUCUUAGACUCGGCACCGCCGGCCGCUGACGAUUCUGCACAGAGCAGUGUGUUGAAAGAUGGCCCUGGCGAUGGACUUCCGUAUGUAAGAGGAGCCAGGGGUCUGAGGGCUAGGGUUUCUUGGGCGUUUUGGAUUAGGGUUCUUGUGAUUCUGUGGGCUUGGGUUGGGGUUGUUUCGGGUUCUGAGGUCUCGGCAGAGCUUAGAGAUGCCCCGUUGGAAGUAUAUACCCCAGCCUGUCCCAGCUAUGAGCUACAGGUUCGCUCGUACGCUGAAGGAAUUGUGAAACCCUGGGAUGAAGAUUUUCAGUGCGACGGGUCGGUCCUGUGGGAGUUGUCUAAGGUGUGUUUGAUCGUUGGUACCUGGGAACUUGCGAAGUUUCUUUGGCACCGCGCGAGGCGAGCCUGUGUCACUACGUGUAGCACCGCAUGCCAGACCUGUGAUCAUAGCUUCGUCCCUCUUCCUCUCCCGGAGGGGAUAAGGAGUAGAGCGAAGAUAUUGUUUUGUCUGUGGCGUGCGGGUUAUGCUGUGGACUCAGAGCCCUACCCAGAGGAUGUACAAUGCGAGCUGUUUUGGUUGAUCGGAGAUCGCCUUAAGCGUCUAGAGGAUGGUGAGGCCUCAGAAAGUGCCUCUUCUGAGUAG